CAACCAUCAAAAGCCGACAUGUUGCAAUCAAGAGUGGGGAGAACCUUCAGAUCGCGCUGCUCUACAGCGACACAGUUCGCGAGCUGGAACAGGAGCUCCACCACUGCAGGGAGCCGCCGCGUGUACUUUAGGCCCACGACACGCGCCGCGAGCUUGCAAACACGUGCCCAUCAUGGCCAACCAACAUUUUCGAAACGAACUUCUCUGAACACCCCACGGGCACAAGCAAAUCGUCGGAAUGGGCCAGCUCCGAUUUUAUUACAGUCAGCUUUCCCCAAGAAGACCUUUGUUUUCGUCGUCAUUCUCGCCGGGCUCAUAUAUUACCUGGGUGAGGAGAUAGAUCUGGGCUGGACCGACGAUGUUAUGAACAGCUUCGCGGUCGACGAUGCAGGUGUCACUCCGCUCCAAUUUUUCGCGAAUAAAGAAGAGCUGGAUCACUUUGUGGCUCAUCACGUCCCGGACACAACCGGGGCACUCAAGGACCCGCAGAUUGCCCAAUUCUUCAGCGAGAACUUUGACAAACUGGCUGGCGGGUGGAAGAUGAGUGAGAAAGACGCAGCCGAAGAGGACAUGCCGGUCACACAUGGUUGCCGCUUCAAGAGCAACGAGCCCUGCGAAGACUACUACGCCUUGGGCACGUCUCCCGGCCCCGGCGCGCAGCCCUGGAACUACUGGAGCAUCAUGGACGGCCAUGCCGGGCGCCACACAGCAUUGUUUCUGCAAUGGAAGCUGAUCCCGUCCGUGUCCAGCGCUCUGCUCGCUCUCCCCUCACACUCGUCCGCCUUCGAAGUCGAAUCCACUAUCAAAAACACCUUCCUGCGCGUCGACAAGCAGAUCAUGGACUCCGCCCGCACAGCAGCAAACUGGUUCCCUGCCGCCAAUGCUGCCGCCAUCUCCGCCCUCACACCCGCCCUAUCAGGCUCUUGCGCGCUCCUCGCCGCUUUCGACCCCUCCAGCUCCACCCUGCACGUUGCAUGCACAGGCGACUCGCGCGCCGUGCUCGGCCGCUGGGACCCCUCGUCCCAGCGCUACACCACACUCCCCCUCUCUGAGGACCAAACCGGCUUCAACGAAAAGGAAGUAGCGCGCCUCGCCGCCGCACACCCCGACGAGCCCGACAUCAUCGACCCCAAGACCGGCCGCCUGAUGGGCAUCGCCGUGACGCGUGCCUUCGGCGAUCACCGCUGGAAAUGGGAAACGGACUUUGUGCGCGCCGUGCAAGCGAAGUUCUGGGGCUCUGCGCCGCGGCCCAAGGCCGUGUCGCAGCCGUACAUGACGGCGGAGCCGGAGGUUACGGAGACAGAGGUUGUACGUGUGGCGAAGGGCGAGGACGGGCGCCGCAGGAGCGACUUUAUGAUCAUGGCGUCGGAUGGCUUGUGGGACCGCAUUUCGUCCGAGCACGCAGUGGAGUGUGUGGAGCGCUGGAUCGAGGCGCGGGAUCGCGGGAAUGGGGAGGUCAAAAACGAUCCACAGUUGCAGGCCCAACCGUCGCAGUUUGGUAAUCCGAUGGCUGAGGAUCCGGGGAUGACGUUCGACGCUGCGACAGGCGAACAGGUCGAGUGGAAGGCGACGCCGGAGUACUUCGCGAUUGAGGAUGAGAAUGCUGCGGUUUGUCUUGCGCGGAACGCAAUGGGUGGGUCGAGGCGAGGGCUCUUUAUGGGCGUGUUGAGUGUACCGCCGCCGAUGGGACGGUAUGCUGUGGAUGACACCACGAUCAUGGUAGUCUUCUUCGACAAGCUGGACAAGAGCGCAGUUUCGUCUGCACCGAAGGCAACAGGAGUGAAGAAGAGUUGGUGGAAGCUGUGGUGACGAGAGAAUUGUGAAGAGUUG